AUGGCUGCCGACUCACAAAAGCAACCAGUCCAGCCUCGCGAUGCACGUAUUGUAUCUCUUAUCCUUCAGUCAUUAGGCGUCGAGGAUUACGAUCCCAAAGUGGUCCAUCAAUUGCUUGAAUUUGCACACAGGUACACAUCCGACGUAUUUCAGGACUCGCUCAUCUAUGCAGAACAUGCUGGCAAAUCAGACCUAGACUUGGAUGAUAUUCAGCUGGCUAUACAGGGACGCGUCAAUCACUCAUUUACUACACCACCACCGAAAGAGUUUUUACUGGAAUUGGCACAAGAAAAGAACAAGCAGCCAUUGCCAUUGAUUCCAGAGAAAUACGGCAUUCGAUUACCAGUAGAUAAGCAUUGUCUGACAGGCAUUAAUUUCUCGAUUGUACCUGAUGCACCACCACCACCAAGACCCACAUUGGACAAAUCCAGCUCAAUGCUGGUCGAUACACAGGAAACGCCCUUAGAUUUCGAACCUUCACCAUCAUCGGCAUCACAGCCAACAGCAACAGCGACAUCAACUGAGCCAGUGAAGCGUGGAAGAGAUGCUAUGGAGGACGAUGAUUAUGAUUUCUGA